AGUUCGGACUAUUUUAAGCAAAAAUCACCGGCAAAAAAUCAAAACCCAAACAUCUGUAUUAACUGUAUUUCCACAAAUGUUCAUUCCACACUUUAAACUCAAUUAAACCAGUAAUGGCAGCGUCGAGGCUCAUCUCCGCCAACCUCCGCCGCACCCAAUUCUCUCUCCUCCACCCCUUCCUUUUCUCUCUCUCCUCAUCUCCACACAAUUCUCCGCCAUUGUCAACCACCUCAAACUUCACUCUCCCCUUCUUCUAUCCCUCCACAACGUCGUUUCGGUACUUCUCAUCUCAACCAUCUGAUUCUGACUUCACUCAUCAACUCAACUCAGUCACCGAGUCGGAGCUCCGAAGCUUAGGGUUUAUCGACGGUUCUCAGGUUUCCAAUGAUGCGAGCAGCCUUCUAGAUGAUUCUAUUCUUCCGAUUGGUUAUAUUGUCUCCUUGCUCGAUGGUUACCAUAGCCUCACUUCUCUUCCUUGGUGGAUAGUAAUUGCAUCAUCAACUGUCGUUAUGAGGAUUACAUUAUUUCCAUGGCUAGUGUUGCAGCUUCACAAGUUAAAAAAGAUCGGCGAGGUGUUUCCAAAAUUGCCUCCUCCAUUCCCGCCACCUUUCUCAGGAAGGAGUUUCAUCAACCAGUUCUCUCUUUUUCAGAGGGAAAAACGAGCACUUGGAUGCCCUUCGUUUUUAUGGUUUUUGGCAUCAUAUACAGUUCAGCUCCCGUGCUUUAUCUUGUGCAUGGCUAGCAUACGGAGAAUGUCAUUGGAUCAUUAUCCAGGAUUUGAUACUGGAGGAAUACUGUGGUUUCAGAAUUUGACUGAAGUAUCAAGUGGUCCUUUUGGGCCCAUCCUUCCUAUACUUGUCGCUGGUUUGCAUUUUUGUAAUAUCCAGAUUGUUUUUAGGUCCUCUUUCGCUGCAGAAGAAGAAGAGAAAGGAAUUCUGCAAUUGCUAGCCAAAUGGUACAGGAAGUAUUUGGAACUGCUAACGUUGCCUAUUCUAUUCAUAGGAUUUCAUAUACCCCAGGGAAGCCUUGUCUAUUGGGUGACAAAUAGUUCUCUAACCUUCAUUCAGCAACUCUGUCUUCAACACCCUGUCAUUCGCCAAAAAUUGGGAUUAGCUCUAAAUGUGGUUGCUGAUCAUGAAGAGAAUAAAAGUGGAUCAGCACUUCCUGAUGCUCCAAGGAAAUGUGGACCAGUCUCUGCACACAAAUUAUCUUCUCUAGAACUCGUUGAUCUUUCAGUUUCCUACCUGUCAGCAGGGAGAAUCAAUAGAGCCCUUCCAUUGCUGAGACUGGCACUUGACAAGGAUCCUGAGUGCUAUAAAGCUUGGGCCGUAAUGGGACAUACUAUGCUACAACAGAAAGACUAUGAAAAAGCUGCUGAACAUCUGGAAUGUGCUAUCUCAAAGAUCUCUCUUGGGGAACCUACUGAUGCUGAGGCAAUUGAUUUUCUCAUACAAGCGUCUAUGUCAGCUGGUGCUGCAUAUUAUCGGCAGGGCAAAAUAGCUGAAUCAUUUGCACACUUUGAAAGAUUGCGGGACAUCAAAGUGCCAGAAGACCCUGUGGCAAAAGCUCGUUACUAUGAAGGAAUAAUGGUGUUUGCCAGUUUCUUACUCAACGAGGGUCGUAAAGAUGAAGCUGCCAAAUAUUCGCGCAUGGCCAGCGCCUAUGAUCCUCAAUAUAGUUUGUAUUUGGAAGAUUCAGAAAAGGAUACUGAAAAUUUUGUUGGUGAUCUGACCAGCAGCCGGAGAGCAGACUAUUGAACUACUCUUACAAGAAGCAUACAAAAUUUUGAAUAAAUUUUUCCAUUUUUUUCAGUAUAAUUUAUUUUCAUGAGAACAAUCUCAGCAAUUUUGAGCUUGUAUAUAUACAUGUAAUUACAUCCAGAAAGGUACUCAUUUUGUAUUAGGAAAUUUGCUUUAUUUUCAAGAAAUAUGGUAGGUAGAUUGCAGUUUGACAGCAAAAGCCUAAGAUGAAUAACGGCAUGUAAUUCUUUUGUAACAAUUAUACGCAAGGCAUAUUGUAUCCUUAUUGCAUAUUUUCGAAACCAAACAGACCAACUUCAUACUGAC